CACAAAAGAAAAAAGGAAACUAUUAUAGCAAAGCAUAUUGUAAGAUUAGAUUUAGCAAAUAAAUUUCCUACUAAAAAAUGUCAUCAGAAGAAGCAAUGCAGUUGCGCAUCGAAGACAAUCAUGUGGUUAUGGACAAUGGCAUACUACAAGUUUAUUUGUCGAAACCGAGUGGAUUUGUCACCAGAAUACAAUAUAAUGGCAUUGAUAAUCUGCUGGAAGCUGGAAAUGAAAAAUUCAACAGAGGGUAUUGGGACGUUGUUUGGAGUAAAGAAGGAAGUACAGGAACUACCGGGACAUUUGAGCGGAUUGUAGGAACGAGUUUUAAUGUUAUAGUGGAAAAUGAAGAACAAAUUGAAAUAUCGUUCACAAGAAUGUGGGAUCCGUCUAUGGAAGGAAAGCUUUCCCCUCUCAACAUUGACAAAAGGUAUGUGAUGCUACGUGAUUCCUCAGGAUUCUAUUGCUACGCAAUAUUUGAACACCAAAAGGAGUGGCCUGCUUUCAACAUCCCCCAAAUCAGGAUCGUUUUCAAGCUUCGAGAAGACAAGUUUCAUUAUAUGGCAGUGGCAGAUAAUAGACAAAGAUUCAUGCCUCUUCCAGAGGACCGAUCACCCGGAAGGGGAAAAGUACUCGUUCCCCCGGAAGCAGUUUUGCUUGCUGACCCUGUGGAGCCAGAGUUCAAGGGGGAGGUGGAUGACAAGUACCAAUACUCGUGCCAAAACAAAGAUCUAAAGGUUCAUGGGUGGAUAAGUUCUAAAUCGGAAAGUGAUACAGGCACAGGAUUUUGGGUAAUCAUACCUAGCAAUGAGUUUCGUUCGGGUGGCCUCACGAAACAGAAUCUUACCUCCCAUGUGGGUCCUAUUAGCCUCGCCAUGUUUCUUAGCGCUCAUUACGCAGGAGAGGAUCUGGUCCUGAAACUCAGUCCAAACGAACCUUGGAAGAAAGUUUUUGGCCCCACUUUUAUAUAUCUUAAUGCUUUGUUGGAUGGUGAAGACCCACUUGAGCUUUGGGAGGAUGCCAAAGAUCAGAUGAAUGAGGAAGUUGAAAACUGGCCCUAUGAUUUUCCAGCUUCAGAGGAUUUUCAAAUUUCUAGCGAAAGGGGCAGUGUAAGUGGCACGUUACUAGUUAGAGACAGGAUGUUAAGUGACGAUUUCAUUGGAGCAAGAGGUGCAUACGUAGGACUAGCACCACCUGGUGAAGCUGGAUCAUGGCAAAGAGAAUGCAAGGGAUACCAAUUCUGGAGUAUAGCAGAUGAUGAUGGGUACUUCUCAAUUGAUAAUAUACGUAGUGGCGAUUACAAUAUCUAUGCAUGGGUUCCAGGUUUCAUUGGAGACUAUCGGAGCAAUUAUCUCCUCACCAUAACUCCAGGCUGUGACAAAAACAUUAGUGACAUUAUUUUUGAGCCUCCAAGAGAUGGUCCAACUUUAUGGGAAAUAGGAAUUCCAGAUCGUUCUGCUGCCGAGUUCUAUGUUCCUGAUCCCAAUCCAAAUUACAUAAACAAGCUCUAUAUCGAUCAUCCAGAUAAGUUUAGGCAAUACGGCCUGUGGGAAAGAUAUUCAGAGUUAUACCCAAGGGAAGAUUUAAUUUAUACUGUUGGUGUCAGUGAUUACAGCAAAGAUUGGUUCUUUGCACAUGUCACCAGGAAGAAAGAUGAUGGCACUUACCAAGGCACUACAUGGCAAAUUAAGUUCGAUCUUGCUCAUGUGGAGGCAGGUGGAACCUAUAAGCUGCGAUUGGCUCUUGCAAGUGCAAAUGUCUCUGAAUUACAGGUUAGAGUGAAUGAUGAAAAGCAAGAUCCUCCACUAUUUACAACCGGGGUUAUUGGAAACGACAAUGCAAUAGCUAGACAUGGAAUUCAUGGACUAUACUGGCUAUUCAACAUUGAUGUGCUUGCCCAUCAAUUAUUGGAAGGAAACAAUACCAUUUAUCUAACUCAGGCCAUCGCUACAGGCCCCUUUCAGGGAAUAAUGUAUGACUAUAUUCGUUUUGAGUGUCCCAAUUCUUCUUCUGUAAAAGAAAUUCAGGUUUAGUUGCCGUUCAGGUUCAAAUGAUUUAAUCUAUAUCUUGACAUUUCUAAUAUGUAUACAUUAGUGACAAUAAUUACUAUUCACAA